CUUGGGACAGUUUUUGAUAGCGCUUUAACACGAUUGGCGGCCGCUCUUUUGACGUCACAGCACGACACACACGGAAGACUCGGGAAUUUGCUGUAUUAAUCAAAAUAAUUAAAACAUGCUCAUCCAAAUGAAAGUAAUAUAGAAAAGAAAGGAAAUAAAAUAGAAAAUGCUCACAAAUAUGAGAAAUGAACUUAUAAACAGUUAGAGUCGAGGAUGCACCGCUGGGGUCGCUAUCGUUGCAAGAUCAUGUAUUGGUAAUUCUGCGAAGAAGACGAACGCGGAAGCUUUGGUUCAGUGACAUUUAUUUUUGCUAUCUGAUCAGAAAUGUGUGCUGGUUGUGUGCAGAAAGAAUAUCCCGACAGGGGUAAUACAUGUCUGGAAAAUGGUUCAUAUCUUAUGAAUUUUCUUGGCUGUGCCAACUGUCACCAGAGAGAUUUUGUGCUGAUCAGUGAUAAGACUAUGGUGAAUGAAGACGAGGAGGAGAUCGUUACCUACCUGCAUAUGUGCAAGAACUGUGACCAUGUUAUAGCCAGACAUGAAUACACCUUCACUGUGGUGGAUGACUAUCAGGAAUACACAAUGUUGUGUAUGUUGUGUGGAAAAGCAGAGGAUUCCAUCAGCGUGCUGCCGGACGAUCCCAGGCAAACAGCACCUCUGUUCUAGAGUGUUUGCUCUGAAGCUAAAACAGGGAAUUGCCUUCAUAGUAAUGAGCAUGUGAUGCAUGUUUUGAGGGACAUAUGCUGAGCUUGAGAGGUCAUUCACAAAUAUUAAACUUAAUUAGAAUCCACUGUUUCUUAAGUAUGUGUUCAUCCCACGAUCAUCCAUUGUCAUGAUCUUUCUCUCUUUAACCUGAUUGGUGGAAACUGCCAGAUUAGGUCUGAGUGGGUUAGCAGAUUGUUACAAAACAGAUUAACAUCCCCAUCUCAUCACUAUGUGGCACAAGAGAAAAUAGAUACACAAAAAAAAUAUUUGAAUUUGUCAGAUAACAUAUGCUUAAAAAUAUGUGACUGAGAAUAAACGUAUCAGAUUUUCCUGCUUUUAAUGAAAUGUACAUGAAAGUACUUUGUACAGUAUUGUGUCCUGCUGUAUUUCUAGUUUUAAUGCAACAAUAAAAUAAUUUUGUAUGAUUUGUCUAAAAAAA